ACGGCAUUGGCCAGCGCACGCCUCUGCGCACCGCCAUUUCCUGGCAUCUUUGACACAUCAGGACGCGCGCACUCUGCCACGGCCAUGAGCGAACCUACUCCAGCACCGUCCUACAUCUACAAGAUCCUUCCGACGGCGCCGCCCACGCCGCUGCCUGACGUGUUCCCACUGUCGGAACUUGAUCGAAACGAUGGCUUCAUCCAUCUAUCAGUGCAUUCCCAGCUGCUCCGAACCUUGUCACGCUUUUUUGCCGACUCCGAGGAAGUAUCCCUAUUGAAGGUUGACUACCCCACCGUCAAACCGCAGAUCAAAUGGGAAACCAUUAAAAGCGGAGAAGUAUUCCCUCAUUUGUAUCGGGACCUCACGGCAAGUGACGUCGCAAGCUGGAAGACAUUAACUCGACGCACUCCUGGAUCCAGCGGCUCCUCAAACUCGGGGUGGGAGGGUGCGCUGGAGCAGUCGGUGACCGAAGGCUGGCUGGAGUAGUAGCGUGGCGUCAUGUGCCCAGCGAAAGUGAAAAGGUGAAGGGACGGGGAAACCGGGUCAUCCGUUUAUAGUAUAUGUUAGGAAUCGGAAG